AUGCCACCCAAGAGACGAAAAAGUGCAACAAGCAGUGCAGGUGGCAAGGGGGGAGGUAAAGGCAAGACGAUUCAGUCACCUGCACAAGUGGAAAAGCCUGGUCAUCCUGAAGAUAUCUUCCCCAUGGUCCUGACAUCAGCCACCCAGGAGCUCUUUGGUUGCCGUGCCGAUGAGGACGUCACAGGGGAGAGCCCUUACAAGUUGCUGAAAAAAGACGACAUCAUACAGGACAUUAAGACAAGAGCUGCAGUGUCCGAUUUCAGCCUGGUGAAGCAGAUUGUGCUGGACUACCCAGAGGAUGAGCUCUUGCUCGUCUUUGACAGGGACUUCACCUAUGACCAGUGCUUCUACCUGGUUCUGACACCAGAGGCUAAGGACAGAAUACUCAGUCCCCCAGAGCUUGAGACACCAGAGGUGUUUGAGAGUGAAGUCAAUAAAACCCCAGAACCAAAGCAAUGGAUAUCUCUUGGCAGUGAGCAGGAAAUAGACGAAGAAUCAUUUAAAGAGACCAGAGAAAAGCUAUGGUACAAGUUCUCCAGAGUGAGGAGGAAGUUCGGGGCACCAGUCUGUUUUUCUGACCGCAACAUUGCAGAUGCUAAGGAUGGCUACCUAGAGUGUGCUUCCUACCAAGACAGCAGAUUCAGCAUCAAACAGAUGCAGAGGGGCUGCGGGAUGCAGGCUGUUCCCAGACUGCAGAGCAGCAGUGCUCAGACACAGUGGAAGUUUCAGAGGAAUAUGUGUACCCAGUACAUGCCAAGAGAGUUAAAUGAUGAAGAAAAAGAGAACACUCUGCAGUUUGAGAGUCUGAAGAAUUUUUGCGACUUGGUGACCCCUGGUGUUCUACAAGCCCUUCAGCAGGAAGAAAACAUGAACGUGUUCUUUGAUGACUUCAAGGCUCUGGGGACAACAACUGAAGAUGGUGACUGGUCUGGGAAGGUUUCCGAAGGUCUGAUGCUUUAUCAGGCCUUCACAGACCAGAAGUACACAAAGGACAAGAAAAUCAGCAGCAUUCAUUGGCACCCUACUAUCUACGGUCUGAUAGCUGUGGCUUUGACAGAAAAAAAGGAGACCUUGAACGAUUCCUCAGGAUUUGUCGUCAGAUCCUCUCUCAUUCUCUUCUACAGCUUCUCCGACCACUCUAACCCCCAGUUGCUGCUGGAGUGCCCAGAUGACAUUUUUGCCUUUGAGUUCUGCCCUUCGGAUUCAAAUAUUAUUGUUGGCGGCUGCGUGAAUGGCCAGGUUGUGCUGUGGGACAUUUCGACUCACGUCACGCACUUACAGGGAACACAGCCCGGUAAAAAGGUUUCUGUCAACACUGACACGUUCGACCUUGAUGACAACAAAGAGAAUAAGACUCCUGUCGUGCGCUUCUGCGCAGUGUCUGCAUUAGAGAGCAGCCACAAAGCACCAAUUACUGAUGUCCAGUGGCUGCCACCAACAUUUGAGGUGACCAGGACGGGCGUAGCAGUGGAGAACAAGUAUAACAUUUCAGCUCAGCUUGUCACCUUCUCCCCUGACUGCUCCAUAAUGUUCUGGGAUGUGCGUCUGUCGAGAUUGCUGAGCCAGUCAGCCACAGAGAGGAAGCAGAGUGUGGAUCAGAAGACACCUUACAGUGUCCCUGACACCUUUAAACACCUGGAUCGGACAUGGAAACCUCUGUUCAAGGUUUCUCUGCCAAAGAUUGAUACCAGUGGAGAAUACGCCCCUCUGAAGUUCAGCCUGGAACGUUACACCCGUAAUGGUAAUAACACAGGCAGGACCAUAGAGGAGGCUAAUGAAAAUGACAGCUCACAGGUAAUCCCAGACUACAGCCAGCUCAGAGUGCCCUCGGCUAAUACAUUAACAACUCUGGAGGAUGUCAAUACCAAACUCUAUGUUGGAACAGAGGAUGGAGAGAUUGUUUACACUGACUGGAAACUGGGGAAGGACGACUCAGGACGGCUGCAUAGUGCCAAGCCCCUCCACUGUUUCAGCAUUCAUCACUGGCUGGUGAAUACGGUACAGAGGUCACCCUUCUUCAAAGACAUUAUUUUGACAACGGGAAACUGGAACUUUGCCAUCUGGAAGGAGGGUGUCAUGGAUGGCCCUAUCAUCCUGUCACCAAGCUCUGAGCAGGUGUGCACUGCAGGAUGCUGGUCCUUGUCCCGACCAGCUGUUUUCUUCAUUGCAAAAGAGGAUGGAAGCAUUGAGGAGUGGAACCUGCUGGAACAGACCAGCGAACCUUUUCAGGUCCAUGCGCACAUCACAAACGCCAAGAUCACCUGCAUCAAACCCUGGAUGGCUUCUCCCAAGCAACACUUUCUGGCUGUGACUGAUGACCUGGGAAUGGUGCGUGUUUUGGAAAUCCCAAAGACACUCUACGUUCCCUCCAGGAAUGAAAUGUUGAAUGUGAAGAAAUACUUUGAGCGGGAGGAGGACAGGUUGAGGGAUUUUUUGCAGAGGGAGGAACUGUGGGCAAAACAGACAAAGGAACCCGAGGAGCUCAAGAAGAAGACGGAACCAGACAAGCCAGUCAAAUCUCUGGAGGAGAAUGACGAGCUGAACAUGAAGGAGUACAAUGACUGCCUGACGCUGAAGGAAAGCAUCCUGAAGGGCAUGGGCCUGUGGCAAGCUACUGCCGACACGCCAGAUACCUGA